CAGUGCUGGAAAAUACAAUGUCAGCUGAUUACUCACCGUAACGCAUUAUGUCAUAUUACGUCACCUCAGGAUAUAAGAUUAAACGUGUAGGGACAAGGGUCCAUUCAAUCAACGUACAGAGCACAUGUCCGCGUUAUUUAUGCAACCCCGCAAACAGCCGACGAGCGCUUGAUUUCAACGGAUUUCAAGACUUGGGGAGAGAAAAGAAGAAGAAAGUGAAAAUGGAAGAAGCACCGUCAAACGUUUGUGAUUGUUUGCUGGAAGGCAUCCGUAAAAUGUACAAAACGCAGCGGUUUACGGAUGUCAUCAUCCAUGUGGAAGACCAGUCCUUCCGGUGUCACCGAGUGGUCCUGUCAUCUGUAUCUUCCUACUUUGACGUCAUGUUCUCCUCUGGGAUGAUGGAGUCCAACUCCAUGUCCACAACUAUUCACAACGUUAGCUCUCAGACAUUCGAUAAAGUCCUGCAGUACAUCUAUUUUGGAAAAGAUAUCAUAGAACCAGACAACGUCGGGGAACUCCUGCAGGUUUCCGCUAUGCUCCAGAUUGCGCAUUUACAGUUUGAGUGUGAAGAGUUCAUCCUGGGUAACGUCGACGUCAACAACUGUUUGGGGGUCUGGAAACUAGGGAUAUCUCAUAACAUAGAGUCACUGACAGAAAGUAGUCAACCAUUUCUCUUAUCCAAUUUCGACGAAAUUAGUCAAAGUGACGACUUUUUAAAGCUUGAAAAGGACGAAUUGGACCUCAUAUUACGCGACGAACGUCUUAUCUCCUCUGGGGAAGAGAUUGUUUGCAAGGCUCUCUUUCGUUGGAUAGAAGCGGACGAAACUCGUCGAAAAGUUGCUUUGCCAGAUCUCUUUGAAAACAUUCGACUUACUUCAGUCAGUCUUGAAUACUUGUUGGAUCACCUAGAUCAACAUCCGUAUAUUCUUGAGCAUGAAAGUUGUCAUAAGGAAGUCAAAAAUGCAAUCAAGUACCACGCCUUGCCUUCCCGGCGCCAGGAGCUGAUGUGGGAUGAGAAACCGUACAGAUACAACGCUGAGCAAGAAAUGGUUCUAGCGGUUGUAGGGAAACGCCUUGCCAGCGAUGGUUUGAUUGUUACAGAGUUCAUGGGAUACAGCUUUUCAAACAAAAGGUGGGUUGCGCUUCAACCGAUCCAUACCCCACUUGGAGACGACUUUGCAGCUUGCUCUUAUGGUAACGACAUAUUCAUAACCGGUGGAACUUCGAAUAUGACCUCUUGCUUGAGAUAUUCCGCCAAAUUUUCACAAUGGAGUAAGCGCUCGCCGAUGUGCUGCGGCAGAUAUAGACACUCAAUGGUGGCAGUGCGAGACUCGCUUUAUGUACUUGGUGGCUACAACUUCGGGACUUUAAGUAGCAUCGAACGAUAUGACAUGGAGACCGAGAAAUGGGAAUCGGUUGGAGAACUCAAUCACGGGGUUGAUAAAUGCUCCGCGGCAGUCAUGGGCGAGAAAGUUUUUAUUUUGGGAGGUUGUUUAAGCUUUGCAGCGAAAACAGCCGGGAUACAGUGUUUCGACACUAGGACUGGCACGUGCACAUUAAUUGCAAACCUCCCCAGGUCCCCUAAAUUCACAAAUGCUGUAAAAUUCGACGACACUGUCCAUGUCGUCUGCGAUAAUGGGGAUAUAAUAUCUUUCAGUGGUAAGGAGGAACGUCACACACUGCGAAAGAUCAAGGGCUUUUCCAAAAGGGACUUUGGACUUUACAUGGACCACGGAUCACUGUGUAUUGUUGGUGGGAACCUGAACUUGAUUUCCGAAAAGGAAGAACUUUGUUGUGACGUGAUAAAGGUCGAAGGUGAGGAACAACAUAUAUGUGAGCACCUCGAACUACCGUUUCCUAUGAAAGUCACCCAAUGUUUACGUAUUGUUGUUGAAAGGAAAUAUCCACUCUUGGAUAUUCAUUCUUUAAUACGAGACUUCGGGAACAUUGAAUGAUUCUGCUGAUCACUUGCUUCAAACAAACCUGGACUUGGUCACCUUCUUGAAUGUACAAUAUAUUGUUUGUUCCAUCCAAAUUACGCCUCGUGAAUGAAAUAUCGUAGGUUCAAAUCAUGUCUAAUUAUGCUAUCUUUUUACGAACAAUGACUUAUUUGUUUUUACAUUUAUUAGCGUGUAGUACAUGUAUUCAAUGAAAUGAUAUAUUGUAAUGUAUGUUCCAAGAACAAUCAGAUGUACAAUUUCUAAUAUAUUUACGGAAAUUUCGUAUUAACUAAUCGGAGUUCCAUGUCAUAAAUUAAAAUUUUUACUGUUUUAGUUUUGUGAUUUGAUUCCAACAGUUAUUAUUUGUUUUCUUGACUUACAUGGAAUGCCAGUAAUAGAUAUGUAUUUUAUAUGUGUAAAUUUUACUUCGGUCUGUCAGUUUUUCUGGAAAAAUUCAGGGUAAUUGUAAAUUUAAGUAUGCCCAUUGUCUAAAGAGUAAGUAAGCUUUUGUUUAUUUAUGUUUUGAAUUGCUCGAGUGCAAUUUUGUUAUUUGUUUUGUAUUUGCUUUAUUCACAUGUGUGUUGGAUAGUUGCAUGUAGUCCUAGGAAUAUUUUUUGGUAGUUAUUUUUUCUGUUUGUUCCAAUUACAUGUUUGAAUUGUUGAUCAAGAUUUAUUUGAUCAAUAAAUUUCUUUUCAACAUACAUAGAGUUUUUGUUGUAAAGUAAGGAGGAGACAUAAAUAUAUUUACGGAAAUUUCGUAUUAACUAAUCGGAGUUCCAUGUCAUAAAUUUGAAUUUUUACUGUUUUAGUUUUGUGAUUUGAUUC